AUGGCUGCUCGAAUCUUGAAUGGCUUCUUCAGCACUGUCUCGCAAGGUGGAGGAUUGAUGUUCAUCUUUGACAUGUUUUAUUUCCAUGAGCGUGCUCGCAAGAUUAAUAUUUGGGCUGCUUUCAUCAUCCUCUCUCCGUACAUGGGUCCAUUAUUUACUGCCUUCAUCAUUAAUACAGAGGCCUGGCCUAUUGCGUUCUGGGUGUACUUUACUGAGACCUCGCUCGUGCUCAUCCUUACGGUCCUGUUUGUAGAGGAGACCUACUAUGAUCGUCGAAUCCCUGCCGCCGAUCAACCGCCCAGAGGAUCACGUAUCGGCAGCCUGUUAGGCUAUGCCCAGUAUCAAUCUCGCCACCUCCGUAACAGCUUCGGUCAAGCCUGCAUGCGCCCAAUCCGCGUCAUCCUCAAACCAACCGUCUUCCUGUCCUCCUUUUACUACCUACUCACCUUUGCAUGGGUCGUCGGUAUCAACACAACCUUGUCAAUCUUCCUUACACCACUAUACAACUUUGGUCCUAAGCAGAUCGGCUUUUUUUAUUUCGCACCUGUUGUUGCCGCUAUUCUGGGAGAAGUUGUCGGCCACUGGCUACACGAUAGAAUUGCCACGCAAUUCAUUAAAAUGCACAAUGGUCACUUUGAGCCCGAGAUCAGAUUGCGUGCGAUUUGGUUCAGCACCCCGUUCAUGCUGGCCGGUUUAGUCGGAUUGGGCCUCGCUCUUGAGGAAGGGUACCACUACAUGAUUACAGCCUUGUUCUGGGGCCUGUAUGUCUUUGGUAUCAUGGUUACUACAGUUGCUCUGAACGCAUAUAAUCUCGACAGCUAUCCAGAGGCAUCGGGGGAGGUGUCUGCCUGGAUCAACUUUGCGCGAACUACUGGAGGGUUUAUCAUCAGCUAUUUUCAAGUCAAAUGGGCCAACUCGGUUGGGGCUAGAGUCAGUUUUGGUACCCAGGCUGGUAUUUGCGCUGCUGCGUUUCUUAUCAUUCUUGUGUUGCAGGUAUUCGGAAAGAGAAUGAGAGAGAAGAGUGGAAAGCUAUCCUUCCCUACUGCAUAA